GGCGGAAGUGCGUCGUCGGUGCUGCGGCGCGCGGGCCGUUCCCUCGAGAGGCGGCGGCGGCCAUGAGCAAGCGGGACCAGGUGUCCUAUGUGCCGCCGGCCGAGCCCGCCUUCCUCAGCCGCUUCAAGAAGGAGGUCGGGUACCGCGAGGGGCCCACGGUUGACACCAAGAGAGAGCAGCUUCCGGUCCCUGAGGAAGAUGAUGAGAGUGGUAGUGACAAAGAGGAUGAGCGCCCACAAGUGGUAGUGCUGAAAAAAGGCGACCUGACUGAAGAAGAGGCACUGAAAAUUAAAGAGCAGAUCAAAGAUGCUUCUAAGUUAGAUGAAGAACCAGAACCUUCUGAUGGAAAAAUUGUGUUCAGGAAGCCAUCAAAGCGUUCAUCAGAAGAAAAGUUUUUGGGCCUGACUGCAAGUUCAAGUAAGAAGAUAAAAGAGUCAAGGAAAAAUAGGAGUGAACCAAAAAUCUCUCCGAAUGCAGCUAAGCAGAUCAAAAAUAGUAGCCUUCUCUCAUUUGAUGAUGAAGAAGAUGAUGAUUAGUAGUUGUGCAUGUUUGAGUCUGGUUCCCUUUCAGUUGGUGUAAAAUAAUUACCAUCAGAGAAAUGCAAUAUAAAACUGGUGGUUUGGAUGCUAUUGUAUGAGCGGGAUUUUUGGACUGCAUUUUAAAAUAAAACUUAAAUGUAUAUGUAAAGUAAAAUCCAUGCAAAUGGCUGUUUUUAAGAUCCCACUUUAGUAGCAAAAGAUGGAAAACUCAUCAAUAUGUUUGCGUUUGCGAGCCAAAUAUUUUAAAGUCCUGCCUUCCUCCCCUUUUUUUCCUUUUCUUUUUAAUACACACCAAGACCUGAGUUAAUACUACUGCAGGGGGAGUUUGUCCAGUUAGAGUUCAUCUCCCUAACAGCCAAAACUAUAAGGACUUCAGUAGUUUGCUUUAAGAACUAAAAUCUUUGACCCUUACUUAAAUAAAACUUGGAUUGUUGGGUUUUUUUGCCUCAGUGAUCUACACGAGGCACACAUCAUGUAGCUCCUACUCAGGACUCAAUACCCAGUAAAGUCAUGAGUUCUAACACAUCAUCCGCCUUAGUAUCAAGCAUGGUAAAAUUUACUUGAUUGGACCUGUUUGUAUGUGUAAGGGUUACAAGACUGGGUCUGUUAGCAAUUGUAUUGGUUUCUUCAUAGGGCAGACUGCAUAGAAAGCCAGUUAGUCCACCUUGGAUACAGUGGGGCUGGACUUAGUGUUUGGAAAAAAUACUGGAUGGAAAAUAUACUUAGUUGUAAAAAGUUAUACUUGUACUCAUAAUUAUGUGGGAUAUAAAACAGCUUGUUUUAAAAGACUGCAUUUAACAUUUCAGCUAUUUAAAAAAAAUCUUUAUUUUUGUCUUGUUUAGCAUGGGAAAGCUGUAAGCAGGAUAUGUUUUGGGAAAAGCUCUUUUAUUUUAAUAAUGUGAGAUACAAAGGGUGCAGAUGCAUGUAUAUUUGGAACUCUUUCAAAAGAAGGCAGCAGCUUUGAUGUUUAAUGUGUGUGCAGGAGCGGAGAACUAUUCAAAUGUAGAAAAACUGCUCCUACUAUGAGGCUGGAAGUAGUGUUAAAGUUAGAGCUGUUCUGUUACAUUUUGACUAGUUUUUAUCUAAUAAGCACAUACCAAUUAUGCCUUUUUGAAAGAUUUCCAAAGGUUUGAAAGGGUUCCAAAUGUUUGUGUGUCCACACCCAAAGUCAGUCAGACUUGUUGGCUGUGGUGAUAUCAAGUUUGUACGUUCUGCUGUCAAGUAGAUGAAAUUGAGCACCCUUCUCUGGGUUAUAGAAAAAGGACAUGCUGAAAUUUGAAAAUAAUACUGAAAGCUGAUGUGGUUUCUGGGGUAGAGUAAACAGCUGGUACAUUACCCUUUGAAACUGCUUGGAAGUACUGUGUGUUCCAUAAUCAUAAGUAAACUGAUAGGAGACUGUUGUGGGAUUACGGGAUCAGAGGCCAUGAACCUAUUUCAUUAUGUGACAGAACAUGCAGAACGAAUGUCACUGUAAAGCUUCAUCAAGGAGCUGAACUGAAAUUGCUGUGUGAGACAGCUGUUCUAAGUUUUAUUUUUGUUAAUAUUGGUAUUAAAACAGUAAAUGUGAUAAAGAAACUGA